ACGGGCCGCGGCUAGAUGACUGCGGGACGGGUAGCCUGGGGAUCCUGGGAAAGCCAUGAGGCACAGUGUUGCAAAGCUCGUUUCGUCGCUUCUGGGGCUGUGGUUGUUGCUGUGCAGCUGGGGGCGACUCGGGAGCGCUGAUCUUCGGGCGCCGCCAAAUAAGAUCGCGAUAAUUGGAGCCGGAAUUGGUGGCACUUCAGCAGCCUAUAUUCUUCGCCAGAAAUUUGGGAAAGAUGUGAAGAUUGACAUCUUUGAAAGAGAAGAGGUGGGGGGACGUCUGGCCACUAUGAUGGUGCAGGGGCAAGAAUAUGAGGCAGGAGGUUCUGUCAUCCAUCCUUUAAAUCUGCACAUGAAGCGCUUUGUCAAAGACCUGGGUCUCUCUGCUCUUCAGUUCUCUGGUGGCCUAGUGGGGGUGUAUGAUGGAGAGACUCUAGUGUUUGAGGAGAGCAACUGGUUCAUAAUUAACAUGAUCAAACUAAUUUGGCGUUAUGGAUUUCAGCCCCUCCGAAUGCACAUGUGGGUAGAGGACUUGUUAGGCAAGUUUAUGAGAAUUAAAACACAUUUUUUCCACCUGUUGACAGGGGCAGUAUCACUGUCUGCUUCUGAUUCUGGCCUUUGGGCAGUAGAAGGUGGCAACAAGCUUGUUUGCUCAGGCCUCCUUCAGGCUUCCAAAAGCAAUCUUAUAUCUGGCUCAGUAAUGUACAUAGAGGAGAAAACAAGGACCAAGCAGAAAGGAAAUCCCACAAAGAUGUAUGAAGUGGUCUACCAAACUAGAUCUGAGACCCAUUCAGACUUCUAUGACAUCGUCCUGGUAGCCACUCCAUUGAAUCGGAAAAUGUCCAAUAUUACUUUUCUCAACUUUGAUCCUCCAAUUCAGGAAUUCCAUCAAUACUAUGAACAUAUAGUGGCGACUUUAGUUAAGGGGGAAUUGAAUUCUUCUCUUUUUAGUUCCAGAGCCUUAGAUAACUUUGGCCUUAGUACAAUUUUAACCACUGAUAAUUCUGAUUUGUUCAUUAAUAGUCUUGGGAUCAUGUCCUCUAUAAGGCAAACGGAAAGUCCUCAACCAUCAACAGAUGGAACAUAUGUUUGGAAGAUGUUUUCCCCAGAAACUCUUACUAAAGCACAGAUUUUAAAGCUCUUUUUGUCCUAUGAUUAUGCUGUGAAGAAGCCAUGGCUUGCAUAUCCUCACUAUGAGCCCCCCCAAAAAUGUCCCUCCAUCAUACUUCAUGAUCGACUUUAUUACACCAGUGGCAUAGAGUGUGCAGCAAGUGCCAUGGAAAUGAGUGCCAUCGCAGGCUACAAUGCCGCGCUACUUGCCUAUCACCGCUGGAACGAAAACACAGACAUGAUUGACCAGGACGGUUUAUAUGAGAAACUUAAGACUGAACUAUAAAACGACACUCUCUCUCUUACCCCCUCCUAGUUCCAAAUGAAUAUCAAUGAAUAUCGCAAAAAAGGACAAAGUCUGAGCAGAGAUAAUUUUGAAUUGAGUAUUUUGCUAUUAUCAUUGUUUAACAAAAGUAAUCUCUGUAGGUCAUAAGAAAUUACAAGGUUCUAAUUAAGUGUGAAGAUGUAACUGUUGCAUUUUUGCCAUCUCCAAAAUUUCUCAAGUUUUUUUCAAUAUCCAUUAGCAAUGUUGCUCAACUUGUUUCACUGUAAGAAUUACCAGGAGUUUGUUAAACAUAUGGAUUCUCAGGCUCCUCUCUUAGAGAUUUAUGUUUCAUUAGGUUUGGGGGUAGGGCCCUGGAUUUUGAUCAAAAACAGGUAACACUGUAAGUUGAGUAAUUGAGAGAGAUCUUAAAGACAUUUUAUUUGGGGACUAGUCCAUUUGAGCUUCACAUCUGGACGUGAUCUUCAGUCAGAUAAAACUAAUAGGGGAGCUGGUGUAUUUAUGCCUGGCUCUUAGUAAUUUUAUACCCUGUUCUGAAGUAAAUGUGCCCAUGCCUAAAGCCUUGACUUUCAGAA